GGAAAAAUCCACUUCCCAAAAAUUGUUUACAAUUUCCGAGAUUUUCUGCCGGUAAUUCGGGGAAAGGAAAACCGAAAAUGGAUCAGUAUCCCGAUGAGAACGAGGAAUUCGAGCUGCAGUAUCAAGAUGAACUGGAGCUGCUGGAGGAUUUGCCGGAUGAGUUUGCACCGAGUACUUCAAAACAGGCGGCUGCGAAACAAAAGGAAAACCGGGCGCCUCCUUUGAAGGAUGUCUCCCGUUUGGGAAACUUGGCUAACUCCACUCUGGGAUCCCCACAGCUGUCGCAGAUUACCUUUGGUUCCAGUCAGUUGACAGUGGAAGAUGGGGAGGCGGGAACUGCAACCGGAGGUCAUGUAAAUCGGCGACUCUUUGGAACUCCCCGUGGACCACCGGUGGGCAGGGGCUGCUCCACGCCCUUCCAGCGAAUGCCCGCUAUUCAGGAGAUGGAGAAGCAGCCUACCGCUGUCCAGCAGCUCCAGGAAGUGGGCCUGAAAAACGUGAACAAACGCCGCUUGGAGCGCGAUCUCUUCGGGGACAUAGAUGACCUCUUCCACGAGUCCUACGAGGAUCCGCUGGUGAAGAAGGCCCGCACCGAGGAGCAGCGGGAUCACGAGGCCAUCGACAAGAUCCUGGAGCUCCGGCGCAAAGCGCGAGAAUCCAGCAAAACCCUGCGAAAAGACGAUGUGAGUCGGCUGAAGGAGCUGCACGACUUCAAGAUGCGCAAUCUCUCGUAUGAGAUACCCAACUGGCCCUUUCUGGCCAUCCAACGCAGCGAUCUGGAGCGGAUCUAUGUGCGCUUUCACUCCGAGGACUACGAGCAGCGGCAGCUGGACAUGAUUAGCGCCAGGGGCGAAGUGGUGGGCAGUCUGCUGGGCGAGGCGAAGGAGAAAAUCUGGCAGGAGGCCAGCGAAAUCGUUCUCAGUCGCUUGGAGGUCGAAAAGGAGGCCGAUGUGACCCUUGUUUCCUCCGAUUCCAGCGAUUCCCCACCCGAUCGCCUUUGGGUGGACAAGUACAAACCCCGCAAGUACAUCGACCUGCUGUCCGAUGAGAUGACCAACAGGAGUCUGCUCUACUGGCUGAAGAUGUGGGACAAGAUCGUCUUUGGCAAGGCCUUUCACAGCAAACAGGAACAGGAAGCGGUGGUUGCGGGAGAAGGAGGAGGAGCUAGUGGAUCAUCCAAUAACCAGCUAAAUAGCUUUAAUAAGCGCACUGGGAAAUUCGAGUCCAAUGGCGGCUGGCGGCAGCGCAAAUCGCGCCAGGCGCUCAACACAAAUGUGGAUGCCUUGGGGCGGCCCAUGCAAAAGGUGGCCCUGCUAUGUGGUCCUCCGGGAUUGGGAAAGACCACUCUGGCUCACACGAUAGCCCGGCAUGCUGGGUACAAUGUGCGCGAGAUCAACGCCUCCGAUGAUCGCAGUCCAGAGGCCUUUAAGUUGGCUUUGGAGAACGGCACGCAAAUGUCUUCGGUUUUAAAUGAGGACAAGCGACCCAAUUGCAUAGUUCUAGAUGAAAUUGAUGGCGCCCCUCGGCAGUCCAUUGAAUACCUGGUCAAAUUCAUCAGCGAUGGCAUCUACAGCAAAGUGAAAGCCAAGGGCGCCAAGGCGGAGCACAACAUCCUGAAGCGACCCAUCAUCUGCAUCUGCAACGAUGUCUACGAUCCCGCCCUGCGUCCCCUGCGACAAGUUGCCUUCGUGGUCACCUUUCCGCCCAUCGAUGCUGCGCGUCUGGCGGAGAGAUUAGUAAAGAUUGCUUAUAGAGAACAACUAAAGACAGAUUUCGGUUCUUUAAUUGCCUUGGCUGAGAAAUCCGGAAAUGAUGUGAGGAGCUGCAUUUCAUCCAUGCAGUUUUUCAAUGCCCAAAAGCACAGUUUAACUUUGCAGGAUGUGCUGAAUAAUAAUCUUGGUCAGAAGGACAGACAUCAAGGUCUUUUCGCAGUGUGGGAUGCCAUUUUCCGGAUACAACGUCCGCGAAAAACCCUUCAAACAGAUGCCAAUAAGAUUGAGGAACCCGGCCAGGUGACAAUGACCAAUAUGUCGGUGACCACGCGAGUUCGCAAUGUUCUGGAUGUUGUUCACUCCAGUGGGGACUACGAAAGACUGACCCAGGGCGUUUACGAGAACUACCUUCAGCAGAAGAUGCCCGAUCCGAACUUUACGGGCGUGUGCGAGGCCCUCAAAUGGUUCUGCUUCACGGAUACGGUGCAGCAUCAGAUUGGCAGACAGCAAAACUACAGUGUGUACCCGUACCUGCAGUACGGCUUUGUCGUGUGGCACCUGCUGUUCGCCACACUGGCCUGGCCGAAAAUUGCAUUUCCCACGCGUGGCUUUGAGCUCCAGCAGAAGAGCACCAACCAGAGGAACAUCUUUCAGGCGCUGUGCAAGGGAGUCACCACCUCGGCUCUGGGCGUGGGUCAGGGCAGGACUCUGCUCCUCGACACGGUGCCGCUGCUGAAGAGGAUCCUGUCGCCCCAGUUGCGCUCCGUGGCGGUGCAGUUGCUGUCGCCGAAAGAGCAGCAGGACUUGCGGCACACCAUCGAGGUGAUGGUGGAUCUCGGCUUGACCUUCGUGCAGGUGAAGUCCCAGGAGGGGCACUAUGUCUUCCAAACGGAGCCGGAUCUCGAUGCACUCAGUGCCUUUCCAGGUUACUCUGGCCUGACGCUUCCCUACUUCAGUCGCCAGUUGAUUGCCCGCGAGGUGGACCUGGAGAGGAUUCGACGAGCUGCCCCCAAGGGUGGUGCACCCUCUGCUCCUGCUGCCAAAAAGAAGGCAUCCACUGCUCAGCUGCCCAAUCAUUUGCAAACAUUGAAGCCGAAGCCAAUUUCGGCGCCCAGUGUGCACAGUGCACCCAAACAGCAGCUCACCAAGGACUUUUUUGGCCGCAUCACCCACAAAUCAAGCUCCAAACACUCAGCAGAGGAAGCCAAAACCGAUGCCAUCGUGAAGAGUCCCAUUUGGUAUCGCUAUAAGGAGGGUUUUAACAACGCCGUUCGCAAGGAUGUUCACCUACACGAACUACUUUAAUUUAAGUUCUUAAUAAUAUUUAUUUAAAAUAAGUGCAAGUAAAGAUAAUU